UUAGGAUAGUUGAUCAUGCCUGAACCAGCCAAGUCUGCUCCAGCCCCGAAGAAAGGCUCCAAGAAAGCGGUGACCAAGACCCAGAAGAAAGAUGGGAAGAAGCGCAGGAAGACAAGGAAGGAGAGUUACGCCAUUUACGUGUACAAGGUGCUGAAGCAGGUGCACCCCGAUACCGGCAUCUCCUCCAAGGCCAUGAGCAUCAUGAACUCCUUUGUCAACGAUGUGUUUGAGCGCAUCGCAGGGGAAGCCUCCCGCCUGGCUCAUUACAACAAGCGCUCCACCAUCACCUCCCGGGAGAUCCAGACCGCGGUCCGCCUGCUGCUGCCUGGGGAGCUGGCCAAGCACGCCGUGUCCGAGGGCACCAAGGCUGUCACCAAGUACACCAGCGCCAAGUAACUGCUGCCCCAUCUCCUGCCCUACUCCCAGCAACACAAAGGCUCUUCUCAGAGCCACUCACCCCCUCCCUAUAA